AGUCGUGAUGUAUCCGUUUAUAAAUUGUUUAAUUACUCUUUACUAUUUGAGGCGAUUACGAAUGAAAAAAAAACGAAGAAGAUAUCACGUACAUCCAGUUAUUGCUAACAGGCUACUUGAAGGAGAAUUCAGUACUCUGUUUUCAAAACUUAGAAAUUAUAAUGAAAAAUUCUCUGAUUAUUUUGGGAUGUCAGUAAAAAGUUUUGAUGAACUGCUGGCAAGAAUUCAGGAUCAUAUUAAACAUCAUAACAUGUUUAGGAUUCCAGUACGACCCGUUGAAAGACUUGCUGUGACAUUGAGGUAAGAUAAAAUCGAAAAUAUUUUCGUAGUCGGGUGCUAUUCCACUCAUCAAAUUUCUUUGAUCUAAAUAUCAGUGCAUUUUUCUAAUAAUAUCAACAUAAAAGUCAGCUUUCUCUUUUUGUUGGAUAAAAUUGAUGGGUAGAAUGGCUGGCACCCUUACAUAGAGUACUUUUAAAUAUGAAAUUAGAGACCUUUAAAUAUGAAAUAGGCAAAUUAAACAUGUUUAUGUGCUAAGUUUAAUAAGUAAUUUAGGUAAUACAAUCAGUUAAGUAAUUUAGGGAAUGCAAUCAGUAUUAUCAGUAUCAUGUGAUUGUCAGUCAUUGCUUAAAAUUAAUAUACUGAGACAAAUCAGAUGAUGGGUUUUCCAAAUUUUGUGAUGUGCUCGUAUAAGCGAAAUUACGAUUAGUUGUCACUACGUUUUGAAACGAAGGUUCUUCAACUGAAUACAAAACUAUGUCUCGAGAUCCUGGUGAUGGUAUAUUGAAGCUGGAAGCAGACAAAGAUGUGAUUACCGAAUUUUGUGAUGUAUGUGCGAUAUUUGGAUUAGUUCUCACUACAUUUUGAGACGAAGGUUCUUCAACUGAAUACAAAACUAUGUCUUGAGAUCCUGAUGGUAGAGAUUCUGGUGAUGCUAUAUUCAUGCUGGAAGUAGAAGAUUCAGGGCGAGAGGUAGAUGCAUACAUUGGUGAAGCAAGAGGAGUGAUAGACGAAGGGCAGUUACAAAUUUCCAGGGCUUUAUUCAUUACUGCAGUACGGAACAUAACUUUUUGACGAUUGUCGAAUGUCCGUGUUAAAGGUAAAAGAGAAUAAAAAAAUGCCAUAUCGUCAUUUUGAAUAAUUUCGCUGUUUUUUGUUAAAAACUCCAAGAUGUUUUUAACGAAGUAGCUGUCUUCAUUAGUUUUUGCGUUUUUACGCUUCCUUGAUGGGUUUGUGUUAGGAGUAGAGCUAGAUUGUUUAGUUGUGUUUGAAGAAUCUUGUCUAACUUGGCUGGAACACUGUGGUUGGGUUUCUGGAUUGGUGGAUACUGUUUCAGUAGAACGUGGAUUGAUUGGAGACUCUAAAUUUGAAUCUUGUUGUGUAUCUUCUCUUGUUUCAUUUUCUUCAAUAGAAUCUUCGGUGUCGGCAACAUGUUUUUUGUCAAGAAACUGUAAAUGUUUGAAAAAUACGUAUUUGGUUCUCUUUCCGCCUUCCGAUCCCGAUUUCACAGAUUUCAUAGAAUUUUUGCAUCUCAUGUAAGCAUCUCUCGCAGUUCUCCAUCUUUGUUGUACACUUUUUUCUGUAAAUAAUAAAUAAACAAAAUUGUGUUUUUUGUUCCAGGUACUUAAGAACUGGACAAACGUUUUCGGACUUACAUUUCAGUUAUCAACUUGGCAAAUCAACUAUUUGUCUCAUUGUUCGAGAAGUUUGCCUGACUAUUUGGAAUGUGCUUCACAGUGAAUGUCUUUCGCUCCCUAGGUUCCCUGAAGAUUGGCUUAAAAUUGCUUCAGGAUUUGAGCAGGUUGCCAACUUUCCGAAUUGUGUAGGAUGCCUAGAUGGCAAACACGUGAGAAUUGUUUGUCCCGAAAAGAGCGGUAGCUUAUUUUUAAAUUACAAGAAGCAUUUUUCCAUCAAUCUACUAGCAAUGUGUGAUUCAGAGUAUCGUUUUACAUAUAUACAUGUUGGUUCGUGUGGGUCAGACUCUGAUUCAACAAUUUUCAAGAAUACUAGUUUGUACACAAAAUUACAUAAUGGAGAACUAAAUUUACCAAGUGCUAAGCCAUUACCUAAUACCACUGAACCAAUGCCAUAUGUGCUAAUAGGCGAUGGAGCGUUUGGAAUAUCGAAUAAAGUCUUAAGACCUUAUGUUCGCAGCAAUAUGACACAUAAAAAGAAAAUAUUUAAUUAUAGAUUAAGUCGGGCGAGAAGGUACAUUGAAUCGACGUUUGGAAUAAUGUCCAAUAAAUUUAAAAUAUUCCAACGCUCAAUAAAUCACUCACUGCCGAAUGCUAUUAAACUUGUUAAAACCUGUUGUAUUUUGCACAACUACAUUAGAGAAAGAGAUGGCUAUAAAUUUGAGGAUACGCUAACUAUUGAAGGAUUUCAAAAUAAUACCAACACUAACAACAUCUCGGUUGUCAGAUCCGGUGAUGUUUUGAGAGAUAAAUUUGCUAAUUACUUUGUUUCUGAAGUUGGCGCAAUUCCGUGGCAAGAUGAUUCUAUAUUUUGAUUGUUAUUAUUUAGAUACUUGUAUAUUCAAUAAAAAAUAUUUUU